AUGGCGAAGCUUGAAGCGAAGCUUGAAGCGAAGCUUGGAAUGAUAGUUGACUCCGUUGCUUCUGGAAACGAAAGCCUAUAUAAGGAACCAGCUCCAGAUUGCUAUAGCAUGUUUAUAUUCAUUCUAAGAAAAGCAGCAUUGCCGUUGAGGGACGCAAAAAGCGGCAAUGCGAACAAGAUGAAGGCUUUAUGCGGCAAGGAAGCUUUGGUGAAGCUUCUGCGAUGGCAUUUUGGUGAAGCUUCUGUGCUGUUCUCUCAGGAACCAGAUACAGAAAUUUGUGCAAGCAUGUUGGAUUCAUUGAAUGAAUGCUUACAGAUUUCUGGGAUGCUUUUGGAUGAAAGACAAGUUAGGUCCAUUGUUGACGAGAUGAAACAAGUGAUCACAGCUAGUUCAAGUAGGAAAAGAGAGAGGGCAGAGAGGACCAAAGCUGAAGAUUUUGAUGCUGAAGAGAGUGAGCUGAUUAAAGAGGAAAAUGAACAAGAGGAAGAAGUUUUUGAUCAAGUGGGAGAGAUAUUAGGAACUUUGAUCAAAACCUUCAAAGCCUCCUUCUUAACUUUCUUCAAUGAACUGUCAUCAUAUUUGACACCUAUUUUGAGGCUACUGCUUCAUCACCAGUCUGCAGUUGAUGCUGAUCAAUUGGAAGGGUCUGUGACAUCUCUAUCAAAUUUGGAUGAUUCUGAUUCUUCUAAAUAUCUAGUUCGGAAGAAGGUUCAAGAAUCCUUGGAAAACUGCACAAAAUAUUUCCAAAAAAGAUAGUGGCAAUGAAACUGCACAAAAUAUUAAAGGUCUUGGAUUAAACCAUAUUUAUAAAAGGGUAACAAAUAAGAGAACUACUGCAUUCUUCUUUGUUCAAUGACCCUUUCUUCAUAAACUAAUGGUAAGACCAUAUUAUGCUUCUUUUGUUUAG